AACGACAAGAUGGCGGGACGUUCAAAAACUCCGCCGACAGGCCGCAUUUACAUCAGAAUAAACUGUAAAUAAAGUACAAUUUAACGGGAAUCUGUCAACCGACAAACCGUCAACUGAUCGCCCGGUAACGGCCGGUAAACAUGAACCUUUGCCGCGGGAAGUUGGACCCUCCGUGCGGUCUGACAGGCUCCCCGCUGCAGCACCAGGCAGCCACAACAAAACCAAACCGACUGAGGAGAAGCUUCAGGCAGACACAGGUCGACCCUCCACAGAGCCAACAGCCGGAUUUCAAGACUCCGACCAGAAUCCCAAGAUCCAGAGCAGUCAGUGUUUUCAGUGGAGAGUCUCCGCAGAAUGACUCCGACUUUCAGCAGGACAUCAUCUGGGACGCCACCUCUCCUUCACCCAACAGACUUGGUAAAAGAGGCAAGAAGCAGCGUGCUGGAGUUGUGAACAUCUCAGAGAUUGUUAACAGGAUCGCUCCAAAACAUGGCAGACCGAAGGUUGCAGAGCCAACUUUACAGCAGUGGAUCGGAGACAGCGCCACCAUUCCCUGCACGCCAGACGUUCAAGUUCCCAAACCCAAGAAGAAGUCCCCGAGGCCAAACGGAGUGGACGACCUGCUGAAGCUGGCCAAACAGUUUGACUUCAACAUGUUUCGUCAGGAUGAAGAAGAAGCGGAGGACUUGCACCAGCAGAGUCUGGAGCUCCUGUCAGAAGACAUCCUGGAUUGGGAGAAUGGUUCUCAAAAUGACUUUUCACUUUCGCUUCCUGGAAACAGUCACCCAGCUGUGAAGCCAGUGGCGGCGGCGGCGGCGACGACAGCAACUGAGACAGACGUGCAGCUCCAGCUGGAUCAAUAUAUGGAGGACGAUUUGGAUUUCCUGUUUGAUGGACCGACCCAACAUGUCAGCGGGAAUCUGAGUCAGGUGUCAUCAGCUCAGCCGUCACAAGUGAAACCUUCUUCCAGUGAAGCUUCUGGGAAACUGUCUGCUUUCUCGCACAGUCCCACUGCUGGUGCUUCAACGACCAACACAAAAGGAGUUUCAGCAAAAGAUGAGUUUGAGGACGAUUGGGAAAACGAUGACUUGCUGAAUGACUCUUUAGUGCUGGAGAUGACACAAAAUCCACAGAGCUUCAUUGCUCCAAAGCACUGUUCAACCCAAAAACCACCCAGUCAGAUAAAAUAUCAAAGGCAAAGUCCAGCAACUGUCCAAUCAGCUGUUUCUAAAGUGGAAAAGGACAAUGUGAGACCAAGAACUACUUUUAAACUGGAGUCUAAUCCUAAUUUUUUUGUGGGAAAAACCCAGACGGACGCACGGACAAACUCGAAGGAUUACAACUCAAAAACAGCAGAAAAAGACUCUCAGCAGAAGUUUUCAUCUGUUAAGAGUGUUUUAGUCGAGGUGGGCUCUCAGCGUACCUGGCAGACAAACACAGUGAAGUCAGACACACAGUUUCAUCAAAGGACCUCUGUUGCCAAACACAACACGGCUGCGUCGCACACAUCAGCUACACAAACAACUCAAAGCUUUCCAAUAAAACCUGCGGUGGUUUCAUUCCACAGUGAGACGCCUGCCGUCUCUGACCUCCUGGAUGAGGACUUGUCUUCAUUCUUCUUGUCCGACCCAGUUUGGGACGACCUCGCUGACGACGACCUGCUGUGUGAAAUGUGUGAAGAUUUGGAGAACCAGAUCCAGAGUGCUGAGAACGUUUUCAUCAAACAGACCCAGUCUAAUCAGAGAGCAGCUCUGCAGCCGUCCAACAGGAACCUGCAGCCAGCCAGUCAGCAAACUUUCCAAUUCAAAAAACAAACGCCAACAAGUCUUCCACAUGCUUCAGGAAGACCAGCUGGUGGUUUUGGCUAUAAAGUGGCUGGAGGUCACACACAAGUGAAAAACACUUCAGGAUCCACAAACAGCUCAACGUGCGUGCAGAGGAGCAGCUGGGUCCAGUCAGCACCGCAAGGAAACUCCCACAAAGACCAGUUCACCUUCAAGAAGCCAAACAACCCAGUUCCUACCGUGACCACCACAGCUGUGGGUAAAUGUUCAGCAGCAGAGAUCGAGCUGAAGAAGCAGCAGGCGAUGGAGAGAAGACGUCAGAGACUGCAGGCUGCCCAAAACCUUCGAGCUCCCACCUGACGGAGACGAAUAACAACAAGCUUGUCUCACCUCACCUGCAUGACGAAGAAACCUGCCGUCAGAGCUCCACCUGCUCAGACCUGCUGUUUGUUGGCACCAGUGUAGGUUUCUGAUGACUUUCUCACAUGUGAGAAUUUAAAUCUCUGAAUCAGUUCGACCAACAUUUCUUAUAUAAAUUGAUGCUCUUGUAAAAUUAAACUGUACAUGUACUGUAAUAUGAUUAAUGUCUUGUUUAUAUUCUAUCAGACUUUUUUUUAAAAGUUUUUUGUUUUGUGUGUGGCCCUUUCUACACAGAGAUGCAGUUCAGAGCCGCUGCGAAGUUCCUUUCUUACACAGCCUUUCCGUUUUUAAACAGCACCAAGCAAUGGCGGCAACAUGUGUAAUUUUAAACAGGCACAACAGAUGUGACAUUAACACAACAGCAUCAGCCUCUAGUGUGACAUAUAACAUAAACAUCAGCAGCGCAUUAUAAACAGCAACAAUGGCAUUAACAUGGCAACAACAAUCACUUACCAUCCCCGUUAUAUGGCGUCUGAUCUCGUCUUCUGCUUGGAGGGUAAGAAGCUCCUGGACCUCAUUGUUUCCCCAAUUUGUGGACGUUUUUGGCCGCUGUUCUUCUUCUUUGAGUUAGCUGCUAACUGCUACAAAAUUCUUUUUAAACCUCCCGGCAGUGGGUCACACACACAUAACACACUAUCAAAACGUCACCACUGUCUAUUUCACAGUCACAUCCUGCUGGCUGUCCCUUUUACUCAAACGUAGAUUCGGCAUCGUCACUACCUCCGCUGCCGGCUUAAAGGCAAGACAACUCCCCCAGUUCUAUGAUUGUGUCUUUUAUAAGGAACGAUGAUAUGGAAUAACAGCCUGAUAUUCCUGCCUUGAACAGGAAGUCUAAAAGGAGCUUGUGUGUGUUCAGCACAGAGCUGGAGUCAGGGCUUAGUUAGCCUAGCUUAGCAUAAAGACAAGAAGCAGGGGGAAAUGGUCUGCUUGUCUCUGUCCAAAGUUAAAAAAUACACCGGGCAACACCUCUAAAGUUCACCGAGGCAAUGCUAACAGUUUGCCCCUGCUUCCAGUCUUUAUGUUAAGCUAGGCUAACCACUUCCCGACUCCAGCUCUGCACUGAACGCACAGACAUGAGAGCGGUGUCUAACUUCUCAUCUCACUUAGUCCAGAGGUUUGGGAGGUAAUUUGUCUUCUCUCAGAUGAAAAGACGGAUGUCAGUUAAAUUUCAGGCUAGCAUCUUCCCCCUGCUCGCAGUCUUUGUGCUAGGCUAGGCUAACCACACGCUGGACAGGCAACAAAAGGAUUUUCCAAAAUGACGGACUGUUCCUUUAAGAAAUUCUAGUAUUCAGAUUGAUUUCUUUCUUGAUCAUGAACACGAGGAGUCACUGUUCUCACCCAGCUGUGUGCAGUUUUCUUUUUUAUUCGCUUGAUUUUCUGUAAAGCACUUUAACUGACCGAUUAAAGUUUUAUU